AGUUUCAAUGAAGCUAGCGUUUUUACUAUGUGUUUUCAUGGCUGCAUCUUUGUUGGCAUCAAGUUCGAGUGCAAGAUUAGGUGAAGGAACAGAGAGAAAGCAGUUGUUCAUGACUGGGCAACUUUGCAGGUCUCACCAAGACUGCAAAGCCAAUAGCCUCUACACUGGAAACUUCUGCAUCAACAAAAUCUCUGAAUCUGAAAUCGGGCAUUGCGUUGGAUUUGGUUCCACUUUGGAAACAGAGCAAGAAAACAGCAAGUGCAAGAAAGAGAAGCACAAGAAGAAGAAGAAGCAGAAGAAAAGCAAGGCGAAGCCCAGUGGUUGUGGAAAGUGUGAAACGGACGACGAUUGCAGGGGCUGCCCGGCAGCAGCGGCAUGUGAGAAAAUAAUUUUAGAUGGCAUGUGUGCUUGAUAUCUGAUCUCCUAACAUUUCCCUAAUAAUGAUGUCCAUGAAUCAUAUGCGCAUGUAUUAAUCCUACGAGAGAUCAAUUAUCUGCGUGCUUAAUUAUGUAAUAUGUACUGCAUGUAAUGUUAUGCAUUGAUGGUUUCCUAAUAAAUUUCCUCUUUAAUUUGUUGUU